GCCGUCUCGAUUCUCUUCUCCUCUUACUUAUCUCUAGAACUUGUUCGCGUUAGGGGGUGAUUUGUUGUUUCCGAAAAUGUCGCCCGUCCUCUACGCUCUUUGCCUUCUCGCUCUACCGACUGGUAUUAUACCUGCACGACCAUCCAGAUCCAUAGGGACAGUUUUCAAGCCUAUUCACCCCGCACCGCCGCACGCUUCGCAGGUUCCAUUUUGGCUCCAUAAACAGGCCAAGUUCACCUGUCGUCACCCGGGAUUCUUCGCGGACACGCAUAAUUGCAGGAUAUUUUACAAAUGCGUCAACUUGCUAUUCGACCAUUUCGUUCGAUACAUUUACAAGUGCGACAAAUCUUACCUCUAUUCGAUCGAGAGAGAGGCGUGCGUCCUUUCCGAACAUGCAAAUAGAAUCGAAUGCCAGAAGAAAAUCGUCAAUUACACACUGCUCGAUCAUCGGCAACACUUUUACGCCGAUAGCGACGAGUUCGAUUCGAUGCCUCGAGAAAAUAGUAGAAAGAUCGUACCAGAAAUUAAAACGGACUUACCGCUUCUCUAUAAAAAGGUAAACGAAACUGGCGGACGCGUUCAUUUACAUUCGGAAAAUAGCCAUUCCGUUCGAGAAAAGGAACCUACGUUAGUUGGCACAACUUUAAGAGCCCAGUCAACGAAGCAUCUGUUCGAACAAAAUACAGAGAACAUCACUCUGGAGUCAUCCACCACGGAAAAAUUCUUCGAACUGGAUACGAAGGUUACCCAUGUUAACGCGCUAGAGUCUCCUUCGACGGAGAAACUACUUGAACGAAACACGAUUGAUAUUUAUCCAACGACUCUGAGACCCACCACCGCCACCGCCACCGCCACCGCAGAGAAACUAUUCGAACAAAAUACGAAGGAUAUCUAUACUACUACCACCGCUACUCUCAGAUACCCCUUCACCGAGAAACCGUUCGAACAACACGCCAAGGAUAUUUAUCCUACUACUUUAACACCACCCACCGCAGAAAUAUUAUUCGAAGAAGAUAUCUAUACCGGUACUACUGCUGCUAUUCCGAGAUAUCCUUCGACGGAGAAACCAUUCGAACAAGGUACAGAAGUUAGCGCCACUAACACCUUCAGCCCUCCCUCGACAGAGAAACUAUUCGAACAAAACUCGGAGGAUAUCUAUACUCCUACCACUGCUCUGACAUAUCCUUCGACGGUGAGACCGUUCGAACAAAAUACGGAAGUUAGCGCCACGAACACGUUCGGACCACCCUCGACAGAGAAAUUAUUCGAAGAAAACGCGAUGAGAUACCCUUCGACAGAGGAAUCUUUCCAAGAAAAUACCACGGAUAACGUUACCAACGGGAUCGUUCGAGAAAACGAAAAUAGAAAAUCGAAUAAAAGUAACGGGGUGGUUGGUGGCUGCGUGGAAAACGGUUUCUUUCCCGAUCCCUAUAAUUGUUCGAAAUUUUACAGAUGCGUGAAUUUUGGCGUCGAGUACGUCAAGUAUCAGUUUUCCUGUCCCAAUGGAACUAUUUGGGACGAUUAUCUGAAAACUUGCAAUUUUCCGAGCCAAGUGAAACGUAGAAACACGUGCGUGUACUUUGAACCGACUACCACUACUCACCUUCCGUUCACGCAAAACGAACGUGACGACUCUGUCGUCGAUUUAAACGUUGCACGAUUAACUAUCGUUUGUCCAACUGGUUUUCGUGCACAUCCAAAGUAUUGCAAUAUGUUUUAUCAAUGUACCGUGGACAAACGUUUCAAAGUGAAUUUCGCGAUAUUCGCGUGUCCAGAAGGCGCGAUCUUCCACGAGAAAGAGGGAGAGUGCUCGAGAAACGAGACAGCGGCGAACGAUCGAGAAGGUUGCACCAACUUUCAACUCGAAGAGAUACCAGAUUCGGUUCAAAUCCUUAACGUUCCAGAGGGGAAAUUCUGUCGGAACCAGGGUCAAUUUCCAGACGGGAAAACUUGUUCGAGCAAAUACUUUAGAUGCAUACGUGACAACGAGGGAGAUCUCAAGGGAUUCUUGUUGGAUUGUCCAUUGGGGCAUCUGUAUUCACCUGCUAGGAACAGAUGCGUUCCUUUAUUCUUAUUUCCGUUUUGCAUGCUUCGUCAUUUUUAACCGCCAUCACUACCGCCAUUUUACAAUCACGUCUCUACCUACGCUACUCGUUGAUACGAGUGUGCUAUUAAUAACGUACGAGAACGUUUACAUUUUUCCUCGCGGACGCUUAUUUUUAUCGAAUAGAGAAGCGUUUAAAAUGGCCGCUUGAAAUCUAGUACGUAAGAGUAUGUACUGUUGCGCGUUCAACGAGAUUCGAUAUAUCUCGAAAUGUCUAGCCAACGAGAUAAUCGAGAUUACUCGAUAUAUCGACGAUUUCCAAAGAGAUCGAUAGGAACCACUAAAGAAACAUUUUUUGGGAAAAUUGCGGUGCAUGUAUAAAUUUUCUCGAUCAAAACAAACGGGGGGUGUAUCGUUGAAAUCUCUCGUAAUUGUGUACGCGUAAACUUGUUUACGUGUAUACGUAUAAAAAUAUACGCGUACAUCGAGAUAAACGAUCGACUACCGAGUAUCGAUACGUUUGUGAAUCCGGAUCACGGCUGCACUCUGAACUAUUUAUCAUAGUCAACGCACAUUCUCGCCAACGUUGCGAUGUAAUAAUACCGUAAAGUAAUUUGUAAUAUCUGAUAUAGAAACGCGAUGAAAACUCUAUCGAGAUAAUUAAAGAGAUGAAUGCAAA